CGGAAUAUUUAUCUAGGGAGGAAGGGUCAUGACCGGUAGACAAAUACAAGUACUGCUGAUUUGAUCAUCGAUCGAAGUUUUAGAUUCCUUCGAUCUGCUUCUGAUCCUCAAUCAAAAGUAACUGCAACAAAAAAUUAUGGGUAUAGUCUCAAAUGGAAGUUUGAUCGCCCUUGCCUUUAUCCUUUUCAGCCUUCUGCAUCUUGCUGCUGACAUCCAAACUGCUGCACUAAUGGUGGAAAAAAAUAAAUUCUCGUUUGAUGAAGGGUUUAAUCAGACGGCAAAUGGCGACUACUUUGUGUUUUUAGGUAAAGCAGCUAUUGGGUAUGGAGCCCUGCAGAUAACUCCAGACACAGCCAACGAUGCCUACAGCCUCUCCAACAGUUCCGGCCGCAUUAUGUUUAUCCGACCUUUCAGGCUCUGGUCCGAUGAUUCCCAGGCUUCCUUCAACUCGACCUUUGUCAUCAACAUUUACAGGAAGGAGAAUUGGACUGCCGGUCAGGGUCUUGCCUUUCUCAUAGCGCCGAAUACCUCCAUGCCUGCAGCAAGUGAAAUGGAAUGGCUUGGCCUCACCAAUGAAGACACCGAUGGCAACAACACCAACCAGAUCGUCGCCAUAGAAUUCGAUACCCAAAAGCAAGUCUAUGAUCCCGACGACAACCACAUCGGCCUUGACAUCAACUCUGUUAAAUCAAACACAAGUGUCUCUCUCGAUGAUCAUGGUAUCAGAUUAUCCCCUGAAAAGGCUACUAAUUAUAGCGUCUGGGUCGACUACAAUGGCACGUCCAAGCUGAUGAAGGUUUACAUGGUGAAAGAAGGAGAACCCAAGCCUAGGAUUCCCCUUCUCAACGCGCCCAUAAACCUGAAAGAGUAUGUGAAAGAGGAAUCCUACUUUGGGUUUGCUGCUUCUACAGGUUAUCCGAAUAUUCAGCUUAAUUGUGUCUUGAAAUGGAGUUUAUGGGUAGAAGAUCUACCCGAGAAAAGAGAUUUGACUUGGUUGAAGAUAGGUGCUGGGGUUGGAGUCCCGGCGGUGAUAUUGUUGAUCCUACUCGGUGUGAUAUAUGUGAACAAGCGAAAAAGAAGCAGCGCCGUCGAGGAGUCCAAUGUUUUUGACGAGCACUUGAAAUCGUUGCCUGGAAUGCCAAGAGAAUUCAAGUAUAGGGAUAUUAAAAAGGCCACCAACAACUUCCAUGAGAGCAUGAAGCUGGGUGAAGGUGGAUUUGGCAUUGUUUACAGAGGGAUUCUGAAUCUUAAGGAUCAUAUUAAUACUCAUGUUACUGAAAUAGCUGUCAAGCAAUUCGUCAGAGACAACAUCAAAAGCAAAGAUGAUUUCUUGGCUGAGCUCACCAUUAUUCACCGGCUUCGCCAUAGACAUCUCGUCCGCUUAGUGGGGUGGUGCUACGACGAAGGGAAGCUACUACUAUUGUAUGACUUCAUGCCAAAUGGCAGUCUUGAUAAGCACCUCUAUGAUGCUUCCAAUCGGAACACCUUAAACUGGGAACGCCGAUGCAAGAUUCUAGCUGGUGUAGCGUCAGCUUUGCAUUAUUUGCACAAUGAUUAUGACCAGAAGGUUGUGCACCGCGACCUCAAAGCCAGCAACAUCUUGCUGGACUCCGACUACAAUGCUCGCCUGGGUGAUUUCGGCCUUGCCCGAGCCUUGGAUAAUGACAGGAACUCAUAUGCUGAACUAGGACUGGGUGGAGUCCCGGGCACCAUGGGCUAUGUUGCUCCUGAGUGUUUUCAUACAGGGAGGGCUACACCUGAAUCUGAUGUGUUUGGUUUUGGAGCUGUGGUGCUCGAGGUCGUGUGCGGCAGAAGUCCUGGGAUUCCGAUCAUUUACCACCAGCAUAAGGAUUGCUCCUUGGUUGAUUGGGUUUGGAUGUUCCAUCGUGAAGGAAGCAUUCAAGAAGCUGUAGAUGAGAGGCUCAGCAACAACUAUGUGGUUGAUGAAGCAAAGAGACUUUUACUUCUGGGGCUCGCAUGUUCACAUCCGGUUGCCAGUGAGAGGCCUCGGACGCAGGCUAUAUACCAGAUUAUAACAGGAGCUAUGCCACACCCUCAUGUACCUCCAUUUAAACCUGCCUUCACAUGGCCUUUGAUGGGAGCUCCCUACAGCAACACUGAGAGUACAACUUCUACUACAACAGUGUCUUCCAAAGUUUGUUCUGCCACCAACAUGGAGAGUAACAUCCAGAUGAGCUCGAGCAUCUCCCAGAGUUUCAAGUCUUUGAGCACCUGUAGUCAGUAGGCACCCUCCUUUGCAUUGAAAUGGGAUGCUUUUGAAAGAUAUCUGCAUUCCUGGUAAGCUUGUGAAUAUUGCAUUAAUCAUGUGUCCUCAAUUCUCCGCAGAUCCAGCCCGACUUCCUUCAUGUUAUUGUCAAAGUCCAUAUGCUUGUGUAAUCUCUUCUCUGUU